AUGAGUGGCCGUAGCUACGAGCCACCAUCAACACGCCAACCAGCUCCAGCUCCAGCUUACGAAAGUGGCCGUGGCUAUGAGCCACCAUCAACACGCCAACCAGCUCCAGCUCCAGCUUACGAAAGUGGCCGUGGCUAUGAGCAACCAUCAACACGCCAACCAGCUCCAGCUCCAGCUUACGCAGGUGGCCGUAGCUACGAGCCACCAUCAACACGCCAACCAGCUCCAGCUCCAGCUUACGCAGGUGGCCGUAGCUACGAGCCACCAUCAACACGCCAACCAGCUCCAGCUCCAGCUUACGAAAGUGGCCGUGGCUAUGAGCAACCAUCAACACGCCAACCAGCUCCAGCUCCAGCUUACGAAAGUGGCCGUGGCUACGAGCCACCAUCAACACGCCAAGCAGCUCCAGCUACAGCUUACGCAGGUGGCCGUAGCUACGAGCCACCAUCAACACGCCAAGAGGACGAUAAGAUACAACAAAUUCCCUUCUUCUCACCUCUAUCCCCGGACACAUUUGCGAGAAAAAGAAAAAAAUGUUCUCACGUCCUCAAACCUCCUCACUCACCCUCAUUGGUUUUACACAAGGAAAUUAAACUCACAUGA